AUGGAAAAAAAUUCAUACAAAAUAUUUAAAAUUUUAUAAUAUGUAAAAAUUGGUGGAAAUAAAAUUGGUGACGAAGGUGUAUCAGGCUUAGGUUCUGCUUUAGCAAAUUGGAAUGAAAUUGGUGCAAAAGGUGUAUCAGGCUUAGGUUCUGCUUUAGCAAAGUGCAUUAAUCUCUCAAAUUUGACACUUUACCUUAGUGGAAAUAAAAUUGGUGCAAAAUGCGCAUCAGGCUUAGGUUCUGCUUUAGCAAAGUACAUUAAUCUCUCAAUUUUGACACUUAAUCUUGGUUAUAAUUAAAUUGGUGACGAAGGUGUAUCAGGCUUAGGUUGUGCUUUAGCAUAGUGCAUUAAUCUCUCAAAUUUGACACUUGACCUUUAUUAGAAUUAAAUUGGUGUAAAAGGUGCAUCAGGCUUAGGUUAUGCUUUAGCAUAGUGCAUUAAUCUCUCAAAUUUGACACUUAAUCUUGUUGGAAAUAAAAUUGGUGACAAAGGUGCAUCAGGCUUAGGUUCUGCUUUAGCAUAGUGCAUUAAUCUCUCAAAUUUGGCACUUGAUCUUGGUUGGAAUGAAAUUGGUGCAAAAGGUGCAUCAGGCUUAAGUUCUGAUUUAGCAAAUUGCAAUAAUCUCUCAAAUUUUACACUUAAACUUAAUUAUAAUUAAAUUUGUGCAAAAGGUGCAUCAGGCUUAAGUUCUGCUUUAGCAAAGUGCAUUAAUCUCUCAAAUUUGACACUUGACCUUGAUGAAAAUUAAAUUGGUGAUGAAGGUGCAUCAGGCUUAGGUUCUGCUUUAGCAAAGUGCAUUAAUCUCUCAAAUUUGACACUUAAAUUUAGUAAUAAUAAAAUUGGUGACGAAGGUGCAUCAGGCUUAGGUUCAGCUUUAGCAUAGUGCUUUAAUCUCUUAAAUUUGGCACUUGAUCUUGGUAGAAAUUAUAUUGGUGACAAAGGUGUAUCAGACUUAGGUUCUGGUUUAGCAAAGUGCAUUAAUCUCUCAAAUUUGGCACUUGAUCUUAGUUUGAAUAAAAUUGGUGACAAAGGUGUAUCAGGCUUAGGUUCUGCUUUAGCAAAGUGCAUUAAUCUCUCAAAUUUGACACUUAUACUUGAUUAAAAUAAAAUUGGUGACAAAGGUGUAUCAGGCUUAGGUUCUGCUUUAGCAAAGUGCAUUAAUCUCUCAAAUUUGACACUUAACCUUUAUAAUAAUUAAAUUGGUGACGAAGGUGCAUCAGGCUUAGGUUCUAGUUUAGCAAAUUGCAUUAAUCUCUCAAAUUUGAAACUUAACCUUUAUAAUAAUUAAAUUGAUGCAAAAGGUGCAUCAGGCUUAGGUUCUGCUUUAGCAAAGUGCAUUAAUCUCUCAAAUUUGACACUUGACCUUUAUAAAAAUUAAAUUGGUGACGAAGGUGCAUCAGGCUUAGGUUCUGGUUUAGCAAAUUGCAUUAAUCUCUCAAAUUUGACACUUGACCUUUAUAAUAAUUAAAUUGGUGACAAAGGUACAUCAGGCUUAAGUUCUGUUUUAGCAAAUUGCAAUAAUCUCUCAAAUUUGACACUUAAACUUAAUAGAAAUUAUAUUGGUGACAAAGGUGUAUCGGACUUAGGUUCUGCUUUAGCAAAGUGCAUUAAUCUCUCAAAUUUGACACUUGACCUUGAUUAGAAUUAAAUUGGUGCAAAAGGUGCAUCAGGCUUUAGUUCUGGUUUAGCAAAGUGCAUUAAUCUCUCAAAUUUGACACUUAAUCUUGGAAAUUAUUAUUUUGGUGACGAAGGUGCAUCAGACUUAGGUUCUGCUUUAGCAAAGUGCAUUAAUCUCUCAAAUUUGACACUUUACCUUAGCUUUUUGAAUAAAUCAUAAAAAUUCAAAAUAAUAAGUAAGUGUCUUAAAUCAAAAAGAUUAGUUGUCUUUAACAAAAAUUUCUAUUGA